UAGCUACUACAGGUGACUCUGGCUCAGGAAGCUGCUGCCUUUGCUCAACGCUGCAGAACAGAACCUCACGCGUCGCUUCGCACCGGCUUUCCUGGCCUGGCUUUGUUAACGCGAAUCUAUAAAAGAGCACACUCCACACCACCAUAGAGUUACUCAACUCUCCAGCUCAAAGCUCAAUCUCCAUUGAACACCGACCCUCCUGGAUACUUCAUCUUCCCAGCAGUUUAUGGCCAUGGACGGCUCCGAUCGAUGCCUCAGCUCCCCUUCCUCGUCGUCCUCCUCGCACGACCGGCAAGAAGGCUUGGCGGUGUGGUCGAAGCGCCCGGCGGGGCGCACCAAGUUCAAGGAGACGCGCCACCCGGUGUACCGCGGCGUGCGCAGCCGCGGCGCCGCCGCCGCGGGCCGGUGGGUGUGCGAGGUGCGCGUCCCCGGCGCGCACGGCAAGCGCCUCUGGCUCGGCACGCACCUCACCGCCGAGUCCGCCGGCCGCGCCCACGACGCCGCCAUGCUCGCGCUCCUGCCGUCCGCCGCGGCAUGCCUCCUCAAUUUCCCGGACUCGGCCGCCGCCACGCCGCCCGCGCUCGGCUGCGCCGCCGUCGUCGCCGUCGCCGGCUUCCUAAGCCGGGAGGCCGCCCCCUCCAUCGUGUCCGUCGUCAUCCCUGUGGCCGUGGUUCCUGUGGCCGUUGUUCCUGUGGAUCAUGGUGCCGCCGGCGCAUGGCCAUCGUUCCUUGGAGUUCUGUUUGAGGUGCCACUGCCAGUACCACCCAUGGCGAUGGGGAGCGGCAUGUUGGAGUUGGAGCUCGAGCUCGACAUGCCGAGCGAAAUGGACCUGGGGAUGCACUACGCGGACCUCGCCGAGGGGCUGCUCAUGGAGCCGCCGCCGGACACCGCCGAAGCGCCCUGCUGGGAAAGCGGAGACUACGGCCACGGCGACGCCGGAGAUCUCUGGAGUUACUGAAACGAGAUCUGCUAAUUUGAUUGAUUUGGCAGGCUCCAUGGAGCAACAAACUGAACUUGCCUCGUCCGGCAUAAUUAAUAAAAUUCGUGGAACCUUUAAACGAAUCGAAA